AUGCCUACAAAUGAAGAGGAAUGGCUUCGCAUCCAAGCAGAAUUUCAUUCUCUCUGGCAGUUUCCAAAUUGCUGUGGUGCUUUAGAUGGGAAGAGAGUUCUUAUAGCCAAACCUCCAAAAUCAGGUUCAACAUAUUAUGACUACAAAUGUCAUUUCAGCUCCAUACUUCUUGCCCUUGUCGAUGCGAAGCCGAGAUUCAUUUAUGUAGAUGUUGGUAGUGCAGGAGGACGUGCCAGUGAUGGAGGUGUAUGGGAGAAAUGCUCUUUGAAAAGGGCACUUGAUAGGGAUUUGGUGAAAUUUCCUCCACAUAAGUCCUUACCUUUUUCGCAGAAAGCAUGCCCAAGUGUGAUUCUUGCCGAUGAUGCUUUCCCUCUCACUACAUCUUUAAUGAAACCUUACCCUGGUCGAGGACUGACCCAUGAGAAAAGGAUGUUCAACUACAGGCUCUCUCGUGCUAGACGCUCAUCAGAGAAUGCAUUUGGUAUACUUUCUGCAAAAUUUAGAAUAUUUAAGCAGCCGAUUAAUACGUCUCCAGAAAACAUCAAUUCAAUUAUUUUAGCUGCAUGUUCCCUUCACAAUUUUUUAUGGACCCGUUCACCAAACACACAUGCACCAGCAGAAAUGUUGGAGCCUGAGGACCACUGCAAUGGUGGUAUGAUAGGCCUACUGCCGAAUUCCUAG